UUAAAGUCGAGUAGGAACGUCGGACCAACGGAGCUGAAGCACUGUGACAUAGGAGAAUACGUUGUUGUCUGUGCAGUUGUUGCGCUUCCCUGUCGCAGCUGCGCGGUGUUGCUGUUGCGGUGCUCGUUGUCUUGCGGCCGGCUAGAAUCUUCCGAUUCGAUUUUAUCUUUGCUAGGACGGGGGUGCUGAGUUGAUCGGUAACUUAAAGUUUCGAUCUUGAGGGCCAGCAAGGAAUUUUACUUGGCAAGCGAUCAAAAGGGGAGGGGAGAGAAAUUUUGCCUCAUUUUCCUGCAAAUAUUGUUGCUGUAGAUUUGGCUACACAAUGGGAGAACAUCUGGUCUUGUAUGUUGAUGAAGUCAUCACGCCAAAGACAGGAGCGCAGAGAAUAGAGGGUGCAAAUUCCUCCGGAUUGGAAGCAACACAGGGUCUGGCCUGCUCUGCUCUCUGCACCUCUGCGGUCGAUUCCAUCAUUGAGAUGGACGGCAAGGAAGAAAGCAGUGUUGGGGAGGAAGAAGAGCCACUCCUUCAGAUCGUGGAAUGCCGUAUUUGCCAAGAGGAGGAUCAUAUAAAAAACUUGGAAACCCCUUGCGCUUGUAGCGGUAGCAUAAAGUAUGCUCAUAGGGAAUGUGUGCAACGCUGGUGCAAUGAGAAAGGCGAUAUAACCUGUGAAAUUUGCAAUGAGCAAUACAGACCAGGAUACACUGUAGUGCCACGUGUCCCCCCUGUUGAAAGUGUUAUUAAUAUCAGUGGAGGAUGGACCAUCAGAGGCUCCCAUUUGGAUUUGCAUGACCCUCGGGUUAUUGCAAUGGCAACAGCACGACACGGCUUCCUUGAAGCUGAAUAUGAUGAGCAAGCUGCUACAAAUGUCAGCAGUGUUGCUUGUAGUUUUGUGGUUCUGCUGCUAAUGGCUCUCUUAUUGUUAAGGCAAGCAUUGAGCAUUACCGAUGCUAUUGAAGAAGAUGAUGAUGAUGAUGCUUCCACAUAUUUUUCACUUUUUCUUCUGCGGGCUGUUUCAUUUCUAUUCCCGUGUUACAUCAUGGCCUGGACCAUUAGUGUUCUGCAGCGCCGACGGGAAAGACAGGAAGCAGCUGCAUUAUUAUCAGCAACUGAAGUUGCAUCCAUGCUGCAGCAGUCUGGCCAAGGAAGGCAUUUGCAGUUUGCCACGGCACCAGAGUCACCUUCAACUCUGGAACAAGAGACACGUCGAUAGCACUGCUCGAAGGCAGCUUCCCCUCUCAAAGUUCCACUUGAUGAAGACCAAGAAUUGCCCUACGCAUUAUUGGUAGGGUGAGAGGCUGUGUAGUAGGUUGCAGUGGCAGCAAUUGCCACCUCCAACGGAGAGGAGUGACUUUUUGAUUCUUUGCUUUCCUUUUCUUUGUUAUCUUUCACGUGUAAAGAUUGAAACUUUUGUCUUCUCAGUGCAGAGAUUUCUUCUGCUUGUAUAUAUACCCAAAAUUUGG